CCUCUUCCGGGCAACAUGGCGAUGGGCUGGCUGUGCGGACGCCGGGAGCUGGUGCGCCUACUGCGGCCCCAGGUGCGGGUAAGGUGUCGCCGGGGCCGAGGGCCGAGGGCCGGGACGUUGCCCGGUGUCUGUGACCCGAGCGGGGCGCCGGGAGCCGGCGUCGAGCUGUCCUGUGGGGCCCGUGUGUCGCCCGCCUCCGGCGCCCGCUGCCUCAGCACCGCCGCCGCCGCCGCCGCGCGUGCGGAAGCCCAGAUCCAGACUCCUGCUGCUCCUGCUGCCCCCUCACCCGCAACACCUGAUGUGGCUCCUGCAGAGACUGCAGAUGCAGUCCAAGCUGCAGUCGAACAAAGCUUCGCCGAACUGGGGCUUGGGUCACACACCCCAGUGGGACUGAUCCAGAACUUCCUAGAAUUUAUGCAUGUUGAAGUGGGCCUACCUUGGUGGGGGGCCAUUGCUACAUGUACAGUCCUUGCCCGAUGCCUGGUUUUUCCUCUCAUUGUGAAGGGCCAGCGAGAGGCAGCCAAGAUCCACAACCACUUGCCAGUGAUCCAGAAGUUUUCCAUUCGAAUCAGAGAGGCCAAGUUGGCCGGAGACGACACCGAGUUUUACAAGGCUUCCACAGAGAUGGCACUUUACCAGAAAAAGCAUGACAUUAAUCUCUUUAGACCCCUCAUUCUACCUCUGACUCAGGCCCCAAUCUUCCUCUCCUUCUUCAUUGCCUUGAGGGAAAUGGCAAGCCUCCCUGUGCCCAGCCUGCAGACAGGUGGCCUCUUGUGGUUCCAGGAUCUUACAGUGUCUGAUCCCAACUACAUACUACCACUGGUCGUCACUGCUACAAUGUGGGGAGUCCUUGAGCUAGGUGCAGAGACUGGUGUGCAAAGCUCCGAUCUUCAGUGGAUGAGAAAUAUCAUCAGAGUGAUGCCCCUGGCAGUCUUGCCCAUCACUAUCCACUUUCCCUCGGCAGUGUUCAUGUACUGGCUUUCCUCCAAUGUGUUUUCCCUUGUCCAAGUGUCCUGCCUCCGGAUUCCAGCCGUACGCACUGCUCUUAAAAUCCCCCAGCGUGUUGUGCACAGCCCUGACAAACUACUCCCACGGGAAGGCUUCAUAAAGAGCUUCAAAAAAGGCUGGAAGAAUGCGGAAGUGGCACAUCAGCUCCAAGCGCGGCAACAACGCAUGCAGAAUCACUUGGAUCUGGCAGCCAGGGGUCCCUUAAGGCAGACCUUUACCCACAACCCUCUACUACAGCAGGAAAAGAGUCACCCUCCCAACACUCCCAGCAGCAGCAGCAGCAGCAGCAGCAAGAAACCAAAGUCAACACAGCCCUGGCGUGACACGCUUGGUUGACUUAUGUUCUCUCCUCAUUGGGGCAGAACUCUGGUCUCUCCAAAGACUCAUCCUCAAAACAGACUUGCCUCUGUGUCCUGGCCUCAGUCAUAGAAAUUGGGGGACGUGGAGACAUUUUUUUUAAAAAUGGGUUUCACUACAGACUCCCAGGCCUGUGUGUCCAAGAGCACUGGGGACCUGAGUGAUCUUCCCAUCCCCAGACUUAGUAAACCUCCCUACUACA